AUGGCAUCCCUCAAACAAUUCAUUCGAAAUGUUCGCUCGGCCAAGACCAUCGCCGACGAGCGCGCCGUCAUUCAGAAAGAGAGUGCCGCAAUCCGUGCCUCGUUCCGGGAAGAAAGUCAUGAUUCGGGUAUCCGGAGAAACAACGUGGCCAAGCUGCUGUACCUAUUUACGCUCGGAGAACGGACGCACUUUGGUCAAAUCGAAUGUCUGAAACUGCUGGCGUCCCACCGCUUCGCCGACAAGCGGUUGGGUUACUUGGGUACAAUGCUGUUGUUGGAUGAAAAUCAAGAAGUGUUAACGCUGGUCACCAACUCGUUAAAAAAUGAUCUCAACCAUUCGAACCAAUAUAUCGUCGGGCUCGCUUUGUGUGCACUGGGUAAUAUCGCCUCCGUCGAGAUGUCCCGAGACCUGUUCCCCGAAGUCGAAAACCUCUUGUCUACCGCCAACCCCUACAUUCGACGAAAGGCCGCGAUUUGUGCCAUGCGUAUCUGUCGCAAGGUCCCCGACCUGCAGGAGCAUUUCUUUGAGAAGGCGAAGACGCUCUUGUCGGACCGGAACCAUGGUGUUUUACUGUGCGGGUUGACACUGGUAAUCGACAUGUGCGAGGCGGAGGAAGCGGAGGAAGGCCAGGAGGGCGUCAUCGAAAUGUUCCGGCCCCUCGCCGGUGGUCUCGUCCGUGCCUUGAAGGGGUUGACGACGUCCGGAUACGCCCCGGAGCAUGACGUUUCCGGGAUCACGGAUCCUUUCGUUCAAGUCAAGAUCUUGCGUCUGCUUCGGGUGCUGGGAAGAGGUGAUGCGGCGACUAGUGAGUUGAUCAAUGAUAUUCUGGCCCAGGUGGCCACCAACACCGAUUCAACCAAGAAUGUCGGCAAUGCUAUUCUCUACGAAGCCGUCCUCACGAUUCUCGACAUUGAGGCCGAUUCCGGCUUGCGGGUCCUGGGUGUCAACAUCCUCGGAAAAUUCCUCACGAAUAAGGACAACAACAUCCGCUACGUUGCUCUUAACACGCUGAACAAGGUUGUCGCGAUCGAGCCCAACGCCGUCCAGCGACACCGUAACACCAUCCUGGAGUGUCUGCGCGACCCCGACAUUAGUAUCAGGCGGCGCGCUCUUGACCUCAGCUUCAUGUUGGUCAAUGAGAGCAACGUGCGCAUUCUCGUUAGAGAGCUGCUCGCCUUCUUGGAAGUGGCCGAUAAUGAAUUCAAGCCCGCGAUGACUACCCAGAUCGGAAUAGCGGCCGACCGCUUCGCACCAAACAAGCGCUGGCACGUCGACACGAUCCUCCGCGUUCUCAAACUGGCCGGUGCCUAUGUCAAGGAGCAGAUCCUGUCAUCGUUUGUUCGUCUCAUUGCGACCACCCCGGAAUUGCAGACCUACUCUGUGCAGAAGCUGUACCUGUCGCUGAAGGAGGACAUCUCGCAGGAGGGGCUGACGCUUGCCGCUACUUGGGUCAUUGGCGAGUAUGCCGACAACCUCCUCGAGGGUGGUCAGUACGAGGAAGAGGAACUGGUCAAGGAGAUCAAGGACAGCGAUAUCGUCGAUCUAUUUAACAACAUUCUCAACAGCACAUAUGCCACCCCCACCGUGAUUGAGUACAUCACCACCGCCUCGAUGAAGUUGACCGUGCGCAUGACCGACCCUUCACAAGUCGAGCGUCUCCGUCGCUUCCUGAACAGCCGCACGGCCGACCUGAGCGUCGAAAUCCAACAGCGUGCUGUUGAGUACAACAACCUAUUCGGCUACGAUCAGAUCCGGCGAGGUGUUCUUGAACGGAUGCCGCCGCCCGAGAUCCGCGAGGAACAGAGAGUGCUGGGAGCUCCGACCAAGAAACGACAGAGCAAAAUCCUCAAGGCGAAGACGCAGAAGCCUGCCAAACAGGCCGAACAGGAUAUGCUGCUUGACCUCAUGGGUGGCUCCGAUGCUCCGGCGACCAGCCCUACUGGCAACGGAUCGUCGCAGAAUACAGCCGACCUGCUUGCAGACAUUCUGGGCGGCGACUCGGGACUCUCCUCUCCAUCCCCUGCUCCCCAGCAACCGGCGCAGACCAACACCAGUGCUAUCAUGGACCUCUUCGGGUCCAACGGCAACAACACCCCUUCUCCCCGUCCCGCUGAGCCCGCCAGUUCUUCUCUCGAUCUCCUCGGAGGGGGCCUAGGAUCCAGCGCAUCGCCAGCUCCCACUCCUUCGUCCCCAGCACCCACUGCACACGCCGCGUUCAAUAAGAACGACCUCAGUCUCACUCUGGCAGUGCAACGAAGCAACCCAUCCACCGCACAGAUCCAGGCUCGCUUCCGAAACCUGUCGAGCUUCAACCGCUUCGCCAACGUCGGACUCCAAGCCGCGGUGCCCAAGAGCCAGCGGCUUCAACUCAGUGCGAUCAACAAGGCCGAACUGGAUGCCGGCGAGGAAGGCAUUCAAAUGCUGAAAGUCGCCGGUCUCAACGGGGCUCUCCCUCCCAAACUCCGCCUCCGUCUCCGUAUCUCAUACGCAAAGGACGGGUCUGACCCUGUAACAGACCAAGUCGACUGGUCAGAGCCGUAA